AUGUUCAACAUUACGGCACCCCAUGGAUCAAUAAUGGGAUUUUUGAAGAGUGGGGAACUUAUAAUGGAAGUGAAAGUAGAUGAUGCUUCUAAACUUGUUGUUUGUAAACCCUACACACGCUGCUCAGACCAUUUCACUGAUCUUGAGUUUUCUAGAACAAGUGAUAUGAUGUCUGUGAACUCUUAUGUGGAAACACUACUUUUCCUCGGUCGGAGCUUCAAAGUGUUGUUAGUGGCCUUGCGAAGGUCUCGUAGUGAUUGGAGGAAAGAAACCACCAUGCACACAACACGGGAAGUCUCGUGGUGA